AAAGCGGUACAAAAUGGCUUCUAUUUUUACGUACAGUGGUUUUGACUGGUCUUUAUAAAAUUUGAUUGUAUCCCGAGAAAAAUGCGUCAUUUACCUUUAUUGUAGUGCUGAAUACAAACCAGAGAAAAUGGAUGCUGUAAAAGCUUUUAAUCAGGAGCUUUCCUCGUUAUACGAGGUGAAGCCUCCGAUUUCCAAAGCGAAGAUGACCGCACUCACCAGAGGAGCUAUUAAGGCAAUAAAGUUUUAUAAACAUGUAGUGCAAAGUGUAGAAAAGUUUAUAUUAAAGUGCAAAGCGGAAUAUAAAGUGCCCGGACUUUACGUUAUAGACUCAAUAGUGAGACAAUCAAGGCAUCAAUUUGGUACCGAAAAAGAUGUUUUUGCACCUAGAUUCACUAAGAAUUUACAACAGACUUUCAUUAAUUUGUUCAAGUGCCCUGCCGAAGACAAGAGUAAAGUAAUUCGUGUGCUGAACUUGUGGCAGAAAAACCAAGUGUUUCCGCCUGAAGUUAUACAGCCUUUGUUUGAUCUCGCCGAUCCGAAUCAUCCUAUUUACAAAGAAAUUGACAACCCAAUACAGCAGGCCAAUGGAGUUAAUCCGUUAGGGGCUGCAGUGCAGGGAGGGAUUGCAAAAGGUUCGCCUGCCCUGCAAAAAACGCCCACCAAGGGAAACCAGUCGGCCAACGAAUCGGUACACGGAUCGACUCCAAACUUGAAUUUGACGGAGCCCGUUAUCCAGCAGCUUCAACAGCUGCAACGGCUGCUCGCGAAAACAGCUGAUGCCGGCGGAAGGUCCGAGCAGCAGGUGCAUUUUGACAAGAAAUUGCUCGACUUCGAUUAUGGCGACGACGAGGAGGAGGUCAACCCUUCGCCGAGGCCGCAGCCCCAAAAUGCGGAUCCCGUUACGACAGUAACGAGUCUGCUGACGAACCCUGAAGUACUUAGACAACUGCAAACGCUGCAAACGUCGUUGACCGGUAUGAAUCCUUCCGCUGAAAUGGAUCCGGACAAAAUAAAAAAGUUGCACGAGAUGAGGAUUCAAGAAGAAGAGUUUGACCGGCACCUAGCGCAGACCGUCCCGAACUUGCCGUUCGCGUCGGAAUGCGAUUUUCGACUGAACGUCAAUACUGUGUCAGUGUCGUCGGCCGGACAAUACUACCAACCGCCGCUGCCCGCCGAAAACGAACAGAUGCACUCAUACAAAACACUGGAGUACGACUUGGGUCAACACGACACCAACGCGAAUUAUUCUAUGAGCGAAGUUCGCGAAUCAAACCAGGGCAACGAUGUCGAGGUCAUAACGCUGGACCACGACGAUUCACCCUCGGCCUCGCCCGACAAUCGCCACAGCAGAAGCCGAAGGCGGAGCCGAUCCAGGUCGCACGAUCGUCGCGACCGCGACAAAAGGUCGAGACGGUCGCGGUCUAGAUCGAAAUCCAGACGAUACAGGUCUCGAUCCAAGGACCGCAAGGACAGGGACAAGAAGGAUAAGGAAAAGGAGACCGAAAAGGAGAAGGAAAGGAAAAGGAGGGGAUUGCCGUCGAUCAAGAAGGACUGCUUGAGUGUUUGCAGCACGACCCUCUGGGUGGGCCACCUCUCAAAGUUGGUGCACCAGGACGACUUGUCCAACACGUUCGGCGAGUUUGGGGAAAUCGUGAGCAUCGAUUUAAUUCCACCUCGCGGCUGCGCGUUUAUCGUGAUGAAUCGACGACAAGACGCGGCCAGGUGCCUCACCAAAUUAAAGAACUACAAUUUGAGCGGCAAAGUUAUUACACUCGCGUGGGCACCCGGCAAAGGCGUGAAAGGUAAAGAUUUCAAGGACUACUGGGAGGGUGACCUGGGCGUGUCGUACAUACCGUGGGUGAAAAUCAAGGAGGACGUCGACCUGGAUCUGCUGGAGGACGGCGGCAUGUUCGACGAGGACACGCUGCCCGCCUGGAUGAAAGCGAAACUCGAGCAGAUGAACAAGAAGAACAUCCACGCGGACCAGCCGCCAUUUUUGACAGGCGAUUCGUCGAACGCGUCGGCGAUCGACACGAGCCAACCGCCGCCCAUGGCAGGAGCCGGCAUGCUGCAGCCGCCGCCACCCUUAUUACCGCCAGUCUCUCCGUUCCUUUUCAACAACAGGAUCUUGGGCAUGAUGCCGCCGAACAUGCCGGUCGGCGUGCCGCCUCCAACGAUGCCGCCCCCUAUGAUGACCAAUCAAUUGCUCGCUUACCAAGGCACGACCGGUUUUAUGCCGCCGCAAAACCCUGCGACGAGCAUAUCGGAUUCGAGCCUGCGCACUCUUGGCGAAUCAUUGAUGAGCAUCAGUUCGAUGCAGGCGAUGCAGCAACACCCGCCGCUGAAUAUUCCGCCGCCUGGUCUGCCGCCGCCGAUACACCACGCGCAACUGGACGACGCGCAGAUGGAUGUGGAAAUGGAGGACGCCAUCUACGAUAGACGGGAACGCUACGUCCCUCUCAGUGAGCAGUUGCAGUCUGCGAUGCAGCAGGCGGUCGGUUAUCGAGGCCGCGAGAGGGAUGAGGACGAACGGAGAGACAGGCGCGACGACCGGGGCAAGAGGCGGAGCCGAAGCCGAGAUCGAGACCAAAGGGAACGCGAAAGGGGACGCUAUGACAGCAGAGAUCGGGACAGGGACCGGGAUCGUCGCGAACGGGACCGCGACCUCAGAAACCGGGACCGGGACAGACGCGACCGAAACAAUCGGUGGGCACCACCCGAGCGCAGGGACGGGGACGCACGCGAGCGCCGUGAUCGCGAGAAAACGCUGAAUGAUAGAUUGAAGGAAAUGGCGGGCAUGAACUUCGACGACGAGGAAAAGGAAAGAGCGGACAAGACGAGGGAAGGGCGGGACGGGUCGCGGGAGCGUCGUCCCAAGUACGAGGCCGGGUUGGACGAAGAUUUGCGCCCCCACGGCGAGCGGUUGAAAUUCGAGCCGCCUCAAGAGAGACACAACCAGUCUCCGCCUCCGUCGCUGGUAGAAGCGACCGAUGUCAAACAGCACGACACUGACGUGGGAGUAGACGGCUUGCAGCCUGUUAUACGCGUGGAGCACUGUGCGCUGCCGCCGGUUCACGGCGAAGCCCCCGCCGAUGCGUCUUCGGACUCUGCUCCUGCGUUCGACCCACAGCACAACUAUAAUGCCGAUUACGUUGCGUUGGCGGUCGAGCCCGAAUUCGUCCGUCCAAAUAUGGAAAUUCCUCCCGUAUUCCGCGACGAACCCGUGCCGAACUUUGACGAACCUCCGAUGCUCUUCGGGGAACCCCCUAUCGACUUUGAGGGACCCCCGAGCUUCGAGGGUGCUCCGAUGGAUUACCCGCCCGAUUUCGAAGGCCCUCACCCUCACCGCGGUUUCGACGGUGACAUGGACAACUUUGAGGGGCCUCCGCGACCUUUCGACGGGCCACCUCGCAGGUUCCGCGCCCCCCCCGGCAGAUUCGGCGGUCCACCGAGGGGUUUCGAUGAGUUCGACGGCGGCCCCCCCGACAGAUUCGACGGCCUCCACCUUGAAUACGACGGAGGACCGCCUCCCGACAUGUUCGACGGGCCGGCCAUGGGCGGACCGCCGAACAGGUUCAGGCGGGGACGGCGGGAUUUUAGGGACGACAGGAGAGGCGGGCCCGAUUUUUAUCCGCCCCUUGAAGAUUUCGGACUCAGAGGUCCUCCCGGGCCCAGUUUCGGACCGCGUGGGAUCAGGGGUCCGAGAGGCUUUUUCGGCGUGCGAGGACUCAGGGGCAGAGGCGGCUUCAACCCGCGGUUCGACGGUCCGCCUGAUUUUUUCAGAGGUCCCCGAGGUGGAAUGCCUCGCAUGUUCGACGAACGGUUUCCCCGAGGACGCGGGCCCCGAUUCGGCGGUCGGGGCGGCGGUAGACACGGUCCGGACUUCGACGGCGGUCCGCCGCCUUUCGAAAACGACGAAGGCCCGUCGCCCUACGACGAGGGUCGGCCAUUUAACGACGGCAACGCGCCUGUCUUCAAUGAUGACACACCAUUCGGCAGAGGUCGAAAAGCGGGCAGACGAAGCAGCAGGUGGGGUGGCGAACCGGACGAGCAAAGCGAUGGCAACGGUCGAGGACUGACGGACGAAAGGGUCGAGGCACCGUCAGAGAUGGACGCGGUUGGACCCCAAGAAGAAGUAAUUGCGUUGAACGAGGGCGGAGGCACGCCACUCAGGGACGAGAUCCAAAACGAGCCGGUCAUAGAGGAAGAUCGUCCGCCUUUAGCGGAAGGGGUCGCGCCGCCCGCGGAAUAAAU